GGGUUAUUGGGGUUGGGGGGGUUAUUAUGUUUUAUUGAGCUAUUGGGGUUUAUUGGGGGGUUGUUGGGGUUUAUUGGGGUUUAUCGGGGGUUAUUUGGGGUUUUUGGGGUGGGGGCUCAGUCAGGGCCCCCCCCGGGCAGCCAGAGCCGCCGCGGGCGGGUGCAGCGCAGCUGCAGUUCCUCCUCCGCGCCGGGUGGGGGCGCCCGUCCGGGCCCCCCCAGGACCCCCCCCGGCACCCAGACCUGCGCGGAGCCCACCGAGGACCACGAGAGCCACAGCCCAUCGGGGCGCUGUUUCGCCAGUGCCUCCUCGGCCCCCCUGGACCCCCCCGGCAGCACCGCCAGAGCCCCCCCCGGCAGCCCCGCGGCCUCCAGCGCCUGUGGGGGGCACAUGGGGGGCACGGCCCCGCCCACCUGCAUAGCUCCGCCCCCCAUCUCCGCCCGCGCCGCCCAGCGCAGCAGCGCCUCCCGCAGCCCCUCCGUCGCCUCCUCCGCGUCCGCCUCGAGCGCCGCCACCGCCCCCCGGAGCACCCGCGCCCGAGAGCCGCCCGGGAGGAGCCCCCACCUGCGGGCACCGCCCCGUCAGACACCCCGCGGCGGCGACGCUCGGCACAGAUGAGGCCACCGCGACGGCGUCCGACGCGCAGCGGACGGGGAGCAGCGGCAGCAGCGGCGCCUCGGACUGGGAGCAACUGGGAGUGACUGGGAGCGACUGGGACCCCGACUGGGAGCAACUGGGCUCCCCACGAUGGCGGCGGCCGCGCUGUCCAGGUCGGCCGAGUCGAGGACGAUGACGAUGACGCGACCCCCACGGACCCCCCAAAAACGGGGACCCCGACCUGGGGACCCCCACAUCAUCUUCUGCAUUUCCUCCUGAAGAGGGGGACACACGCGGACCGGGGGGGCCGAGCUGUGCCCCCCCCGCCGCCGCCCGCAGCAGCCGCAGCCCCAGGUCCAGAUUGGGGGUGUGGCCACGGCACCGGAAGCGGAAGCGGCACGAGGAGCGGGAAGGGAGCGAAGGGAGCCCAUGGCGGCCCCCCCGGACCCUUCGCUGCUCUCGGCUGAGUUGGAGGCAGAGGAGGAGGAGGAGGAUGCGCUGCAGCGGCUGCUGCUGCAGGCAACUCAGGAGGAUGAGCGGCGCCCCCCCUCAGGCCCCCCCCGUGCCGUCACCCCACAACCAGGCCUUUGCGUCAAGACCCGUGCAGGGGAGGACAAAGUGUUCAUCAAUGUGUGCCACUCGGCGGAGGUGCCGGCGCCGCCCCCCCUGUCCCCCCCCGCGCUGCGGCGCCUCCUCUGCGCACCCCCCGACGGCUUCCGCAUCCCCAUGAGCCUCGGGGAGCCCCACGCCGAGAUCGACCGUGGCGGCCGUGGCUGCACCGCCUACGACGUGGUGGUGAACUCGGGGUUCUUCCGCACUCUACAGAGUGACCCCCUGUACCUGGAGUUCUUCCUGACGGUGGCGAUGGAGGGGCUGACGGAGAAAUACGGCGUAGAACUGGAGCUGAGCGAUUGGAGAGUGUUGAAGAACCGCAAAUUCUUGGGCUCCAUCGCGGCCCAAAACAUCCGCACACGGCCUCAGCCCCACAUCGAGGAGCUCGAGGGCCCCCCAGCGCCCCCCAAGUUCGUGGUGGUGGCUCAGCCUUCGGUGGAGCGUCCUGAGGUGCUGCAGGCGCGGAUCCUCCUGCCCCACAUCGGAGGGGCGGAGUCUCUGCGGGUGGCGCUGAGUGAGGAGCGGUUGGUGCUGGAGGGGGACGGCCCCGCCCUGCUGGCACUGGGGCUGCCCCUCCCCCCCGACCCCGCCCGCUGCCGCGCCCGCUUCCACCGAUGCACCAAGGUUCUCACAGUGACGAUGCCCCUACAGACGUGAGGGGGGGCUCUGUGUGUGUCCCCCCCCCCAUCUCCGGACCCCCCAAAAUCCCCAAUAAAGAUUCCGGCCGCCCGC